AUGAAUGAAAUCAAGAAAGUAGAACCACUAGCUUAUGAUCAUUUGAUGGAAAAGGGCCCUAAAACUUGGAGUAAAGCAUUUUUUCAGACUGAUAGGGCUUGUGAUGCAUACGAAAAUGGUAUAUCUGAGAGUUUCAACUUAGUGAUUGAAACUGCCAGGAAGAGACCACUAAUCAUCAUGUUAGAAGAAAUUCAAAUUUAUGUGAUGGAGAGGAUUUAUAGACAGAAGAUUAAGGGGAAAUCUUGGGAUUUAACCAUAUGUCCUUCCAUUAGAUUAAACUUGUCCAAGCUUAGGGAUCUUCAAAGAUUUUGGAAAGUUAUACCAUCUGGUUAUCAACAGUAUGAAGUCAAACUUGGGUAUGAUGCAUAUGUUGUGGAUAUUGGUAGCAUGACAUAUGCCUAUAGAACUUGGCAGUUAACAAGUUACCCUUGUGUGCAUGGGUAUGCUUGCAUUGCAAACCUCAAUAGGGGAUGUAGAGGGACUACAUCAAGCCAUUUCCCCCCAAAAGGAGAAGGCUACCAGGAAGACCAUCAACAAAAGGAAAAAUGGAUCAGAUUGAGAGAGAAAACCAAGGAAAAAAAGCAUUCAGACACAAAAAGAGGUAGUGUGAAGAAAUACAGCAUAUGUAGGGAAAGUGGGCAUAAUAGAACAACCUGCCCUCAAAAACCAAUUGAGGAAUCAUCAAAUGCAAGUAAAGUGAAGGUUGCAUUGGCACAUGAAGUUGGUAUAGACAAUGAGAGUGAAGUUGAAAAAGAACCUGAAAGUGAAGUGGACUCUUUUGAUGUUGAAUUUGAAGAUGAUGUGCAGCCUGAAGUGCAACCUAAAGUUCAAGAUGAAGUGCAACUUGAAGUUCAAGAUGAAGUGCAAGAUGAAGUGCAACCUGAAGUUCAACUUGAAUUUCACCCUGAAGUUCAAGCUAAAGUUCAACCUGAAGUGCAAGUUCAAGUUGAAGAUGCUAACCAAAUUAUAUUUCAAUAUCAAGUGGAAAUACCAUCUUUUCAAGUUGUAGUGGAACAGAGGGCAAGGAAACCUUCAGAAAUAAUUACAAAACUUAAGAUAAGGAAGAAGUGA